ACAUAUAAUACAAUUAAAUUAUAAUAAUGAAAUUUCUAAUUAUACUAUUUUUAUUUAUCAUUUCUUAUGUAUCAGUUAAUUGCGAUUUAACUGAUUGUAUUGAAAUGUGCGAAGUCGGCGCACCCAACGAAGAAAUGAAAAGGCAAUGUAUAGCAGAUUGUCAUAGAGUGGUUACUUGUGGGGCACAUUUAUUAAAAACUGUAGAGGAUUGCAUUGCAUUUUGCCAUAAAAAAGUGAAACCGUCAUUUAUAAAAGAUUGUGAAAAGGGAUGCAGAUUCACUUUUGAUCUUCGAAAGGCUACAACAAAACCUCCAAAUAAUUCAAAAGAUGAUCCAUCAAAAGAAAGAGCAAACAAUUCACGAGUCGGUGCUGUUCAUUAGUAUAUCUGCAAUGAGAAAUACUGAUUCAAUAUAAGUUGAUGAAUACAAAAUUUGUAAAUCCAGCUUUGAAGACAAAUGCAUACUAGUUUUUAUUGGUUAUUUAUUCUUAAUGUCAUAACUAAUUAAAGUUUUUAUUUGUCA